AUGAGCCAGCCUCUCUCUGUUCACACUCUCUACAAAAGACUUGAGAGGGUAGGUCAAGGCGCAUAUGGCUCCGUAUUCAAGGGCCUCGAGCUUGCGACCGGCAAUGUUGUCGCGCUCAAGAUCAUAGACCUCGACACAGAGAGCGACGACGUCCUAGACAUUCAGCGCGAGGUUGCUCUCCUCACUCGUCUGCGCGAUGGCCCUAAUAUCACAAAAUACUACGGCUGCCAUCUAGAUGGUCCUCGAGUAUGGAUAGUAAUGGACUUUGCCAGCGGAGGAAGUGUUCUCGACCUCAUGAAGGCCUCGCCGGACAAUGCACUCGAGGAGAAGUAUGCCGCCGUCAUAACACGCGAGGUCCUCGUUGGCCUUAACUAUCUCCAUAAAUCUGCAGUCAUUCACCGCGACCUCAAGGCGGCCAACAUCCUCAUAACUGCCGCUGGAAAGGUCAUGAUCUGUGACUUUGGUGUCUCAGCUCUUCUCGCCACGACGAGUAGCAAGCGUAACACGUUAGUCGGAACUCCCUUUUGGAUGGCUCCUGAGGUCGCGCAAGGAAUAGGCUCGACGAGUUCAUACGACACUAAAGCUGACAUCUGGAGCACUGGAAUCUUCAUAUACGAGAUGAUCACAGGCGGUCCACCUCAUAUGGGUAUAUCUGGGGAGCGUGCUCUGCAGCUUAUUCCCAGAUCAAAACCUCCCCGUCUUUCAGAGGCACAGGCGAGCAAGGAUCUCCGAGAUUUCUUGCCUUUCUGCUUAACAGAAUCUCCGCUAGAUCGUCUCACCGCUGAGGACUUGCUAAAGACGAAAUGGAUCAAGUCUACGAUUCGAACCCCGGUAGCCAUUUUAAAAGACCUGAUGCUACGCUACGACGCAUGGCGCAAGGCCAAUAAAGAUGAUGAUGAAUCGCCACUCUCAUGGGAGGCCGACGAAGCACGACAGUAA